GAAUUCGAAACCUCAUCAUCAUCAUCUUCCGCGAUAAUCCCGCGCUCCUGCGAAAUUUAAAUUCUCUCUUCCAUGAAGGAUCACAUUCUCAUCUCCGACGGAGAAGAUCAGUCUACUCCACUUCCAUCACUGUCGAAGCGUGCUCGAAAAGAUCCCAUCUCUGCGAUACUGAUUUCGGAUUCAGAUCCGACACCGCAGAAGCAACCGCCGGAAUUUUCUUCCACUCCUAUUUUCGUCCCUGAGACACCUCUCUCUGAUGAUUUCUCUGUUGUCAAGUGUUCCUUUGGUUCUGGAGCUUUAGCUUCUAACCGCGAAGACAAAUUCUCCGGAAAACGGAUAAUAUCUUUGGAUUCGGAGUUUGAAGACAGUCCUCGACCUGAAACUUCGAAGAAGAAUGAAUCCGUGCUUGCUGGUUUUAGGGAGCCACGUUUUGGAUUGGAAGCUGGAACCAGUGAGGCAUACUAUAAGAAUACUAGAAGAACUGAGACAAAUUUAGAUGAUAAUACUAAUUGGAUGCAUGAAGUUAGUUUUCGCUCUUCGCAGACUAAUGAUACUAUCGAGGUCGAUUCUGACCAAGAAAAAGAGGAUAUAAGCGUUGAGAAAAUGGGUCGACAAAAGAAGAUCAGAACUACAACUCUUCCAGGUGAGGCAUUGCCAAAAAAGCAGCUGUCGAAGGCAGACAAAACAUGUGCAAUGGAGGAAAAAAAGUUAAGAAAAGAGCAAGAGAGAUUAGAGAAAGCAGCCUUAAAAGCAGAAGAAGCUGAGCGUAAAAGAUUAGAGAAGGAAAAGAAAAAAUGGGAAAAGGGAAAGUUAGCCCUCAAAUCUAUUGUUGCCGAGAUUGAUACUAAAGUGGUUGAAGGAUCCAUUGGAGGACUUCUGCUUUCAAGGUUCUCUGAGAAAGGCAUUACAAUCCACGUAGGCCCUAAUCCAAUUGAGAGAUCCAUUGUGUGGACGAUGACAAUUCCAGAGAGUAUUGCUCCGCUUUUCCCCCAAGGGCCCAAGAUUCCUUAUGUGCUACUUGUAUAUGAAGCUGAAGAAUUUUGUAAUCUUGUUGCUAAUGAAAAGCUUCUAGAAAACAUCUCAAGAGUUCAGGACCGAUACCCAUCUCAUACGGUGUGCUGCCUCACCAAUAAGUUAAUGUCGGAAAAGGAAGAGUACAAAAACCCGGGAAAUUGGAGACGGCCUCCUAUCGAUGAGGUACUUGCAAAAUUAACUACUCACUAUGUUAAAGUACAUUCCAGACACUGUGUAGACGAGGCUGAGGUGGCUGAACAUAUUGUUGGCCUAACAAGCAGUCUGGCCUCUUGCCAAUUUAGGAAGAAAUUAACUAUGUUCUCAGUAAGCGCUAAUGGUGCAUUAGUCUCCAAGGAUUCAGUUGACAAGCACUUGAUUAAAAAGAGUCCAUGGUUAAAAGCGUUAGUAGCAAUACCAAAGGUACAGCCACGAUACGCUUUAGCAGUGUGGAAGAAAUAUCCCUCCAUGAAGUCUCUUCUUAAGGUUUAUAUGGACCCUAACAAAUCGGUUCAUGAGAAGGAGUUUCUACUAAAAGACUUGAAAGUGGAAGGGUUAGUGGGAGGAGACAUAAGGUUGGGUGAGAUUUGUUCAAAGCGGAUAUACAGAGUUCUCAUGUCUCACAAUGGAGCCAUUAAGACGGAUGACGUCGAAAAUGGUGCUGCUUUCUUCACAGUUUCUCCAGAGCUCAAGCACGGAUCCCAUGAAUGUGUGUUGAUCUCGCCGGAGAUAGUUGUAGACGGCAUUUGCAACAUGUGCUACAAAGAUGAACCUGUGGAGUUUGCCUGCAACCCUUGUAACUUUGAUAUAUGUAAGGCUUGCUCAAAUGUACCACAAAAGGUGUCACAUGAUUUUCACCCUGAGCACCCUCUAGAGUUUUGUGUAAGCAAAGAUGAUAGGAAAUGCAUAGACAUGCUCUGCUCUGGCCAUGCCCAAUUGAUUAGGAGAUGUAGACCAGGACGAAACGUCAAAGGAUCUUGCCUUCUCUGUGAGCUUCCUCUUUCUCCCUCUGCAAUAUGUUACGGUUGCCUUCAAUGUUACUCAUUUGUUCACGAGCGCUGCCUUGAUUUUCCGAGAAAGAUUCAGCAUCAUGUGCAUCCGGCACACCCUCUCAUACGCCUUGAUUUCACACAUACUUGUGGUAGGGGAAAAUUGUGUGAUGCCUGCGGGCUUCAUAUCGAUGGUGCCCCUUUUGGUUGCCCAGAAUGCGGUUUUGAUCUUCACAUGAGGUGUGCAGAUUCCUUGUUGCGAGGUUUGAUGCACAAGUCUCAUCACCACAGAUUGUUUUAUGUAGCUACUGGUGCUCAAGAAGCUUUUGGAGAGGAAAACCCAUGUCAAAUAUGCAUGAGAACGGAUGUGAUCUCUCUUGAAUCCUUCUAUCAUUGCGUGGAGUGUGGUUUGAAAUUUCAUUUCGAAUGUCUUGGAAUACCAGAGUCUGUUUUCAAGAAAUCUUGUCACAUUCAUCCACUUGUGUGUAAAGUGUUCUUACCGGAGGAUGAUUCUUUGGAAUAUUGUGGCGUUUGCGAGACAGUAGUGUACACAAGACAUCAUUCAUAUUCAUGCGAAGAAUGUGAUUUUGUUGCCCACAUUGAAUGCAUUCUACACGAGAAAAUUCCUUCCCCAUUGUACUUGAAAGAACUGUAUCCUUGUGGCGACGACAUGACGAGACCAAUAGAUAGAGAAAACUAUGAAGCCAAGGAAUCAGAAAAUAAAUUCUUGCUUAAUGAUAUUUGGCAUAACCAUAUGAUGACAUUGGGCGACAUUAAUGACACUCUUCGUGUGGUCUGCAACAUAUGUGAUGGGGAUAUACUUGGUAGACCAUGGGAAUGCAAGACCUGUAUAUUUAUGGCACAUGAUUACUGCAUGGAGCUGAGGAAACCAUCAAGGCAUAGAUUUCAUGUGAACCAUCUUUUGACACUCUUGCCAAGUUACCCUGCAGGUUUUAUAAUGAAUUGCGACACCUGCAAAACGAAAAUAGAAAACUUCAACCUCUUCUGUCGGGUAUGCAAUUUUAUCAUCUGUACCAAAUGUAUGGUAAGAGCUAAACAAGUUCUUGGAGAACUACAUAAGGGGCAGAAAUUCAUUGGAACCACUCAAGGAAGAUGCUUCAGAAGGAUGCAUGACUUGAUUGAAGUUAUGGUAUCGAGGUCAUAUGCUACGGCUUGCACUAUUUGUGUUGAGAGGUUGUGUGGAAAAGUUUUGACAUGUGUGACAUGUAAAGAUAUAUAUCAUCCCCGGUGUAUUCAACUUGGGAUACAAGUACGACGCGGUCAUCCCCUUCAUUCUGAUCACAGUCUAGAAAUGAAACUGACAAGUGGAUCCAAGUGCAUUGCUUGUAAACUGAGUAUUAAACGGUAUGGUUAUAAUUGUUCUACUUGCAAAGUCAGUUUCCAUAUUGAAUGCAUCGAAGCGGUGAGUAUAUCAGGAAAGAUCAAGUCUCACAAGCACUACCUCUACAACUUUUGGAUGGAUAAUUCGCGGUUGAAUAGAGCAUGCAGUAUUUGUGGUAAAACAUGUGGUGCAUCCUUCUACGGUUGCAUUGAUUGUAAUAACUUCAGUUCCCAUGUAGAGUGUAUUGGGUUUCCGGCUAAUGUGAGGAAUCAACAACAUCAACACAAUGUUGUGCAAAGUUAUUCUUGGUGCAGGAUGAGUUGUUCACUAUGUGGAUUAGACAUAGAAACAUCUGAAAAAUUUCGCUAUUCAUGCAAUCACUGCAAGGAUGUGUUUCAUAUGAAAUGCAUAAUGUCCAUGGAUGAACGUGAGGCAGCAACAGAAGAGGAGCAGAUUAAGGAUAUCUAUCUUAUGUACAUAGAGCGGGAUCUCUUUAGCCUGCUCAAAGACGCCUUAUACCAACACACGAACAGUGAUGAUGAAGACAAUGACAACGAAGAUAGUAAUGUUGAAGGCAGUGAUUUUUAGGUUCCGCCUCCCUCUCGAAAACUAAGCAAUGCAACUUCUGUUAUCUUAAGGUUAUGCCUCCAAUUCCUCCCAUUAUUUCCUUAUGUAGUUUACUAUCCAUUUGGUGAAUCAAAUUUACUCAUGCUC